AGCACCCAACCUCCUCGGCGACCGAAGCAACCACCGAUUUGUUCAACCGUCUGCUAUCGGCGUCAAUCGCAAGAAUCAUACUUUGAUUUGCUCGUACAAUGGCGUCUUACGGCUUACUAGAUCAGUCGGAAGAAGAUGCUCUCCACAAGUCGCGCCUGCUGAACGUCGAAGAGAAACCUUUCAAACGUAUAUCCAAACGACUUUUGAACCCCGAUUCGCUAGUUGUCUCCAAUGCAACCCUUCCUCCCACCCCGCCGCCAGAUGGAACAGACGACGAUGCCACCGUCGCAGAAGCAGAGAAACAGAAAAGGCUUGAACAAUGGCGCCAUUUUCGUGAAGACGUAACACUGGACUUUGCUGCAUUCGAGAGUAGUAUCGCGCGCAUUCAAUUUCUCUUGACAAGCAAUGAGAAGGAACGCGAACGAUAUGCAGCCGAGAAACUUCGGAUUCUCUCCACCAUGCAAGCCGUACGCGACAACACAGCCGAGUUGAGGGUUCAGUUAGAAGAAGCACAACGGCUCUUAGCACUGCGGAAAAGCUACGAUGACUUGGCCGAUAAAAUCACCAGCAACCGUCUCUUGAAGCCGCGGGAAGACCAGCAAGCAAACCUACAGAAGCUACAGGCGGAGAUCACUGAGCUCGAGAAAGAGAGCAAAGACUAUGCGAAGACCUGGGCUGAACGACGAGAGCAAUUCGGCCGUAUUGUGGAAGAAGGAAUGCAGCUCCGACGUCUAAUCAGAGAUGAAAAGGAAGAGGUUGAACGCAGGGAAGGUAUGCAAGAGGGCGAAGAUGGAGACGACGGCGACGUUCCUUCCAAGGGAAAGUCUAGUGGAGCAAAUACACCACGACAUGAAUCUGAUAGCGCUACUCCAUCUCAACAAGCGCACGACGAAACGGGUCGUUCACCUGCUGGCCUACAUGCAGAGAGGUUGACAGCAGCGGGGGGAGCAUCGCCCUUACGGCAAGUCACCAUGGCUGGAGAUGAAAAGAAUCAAUCGCCAGAACAGGAUGCUACUAUGGUGGACGAAGGUGAAGUAACGGGAGAUGAGAAUGGAGAGAAUCCUGAUGACUUAGAGGAGGGAGAAGAAGUGCCUGACAGAAUGGAUAUCACGUAAGCGACAUACAUCUCUUAUUAUCAUGCUAUUGAUAUAUCCUUUAUGAGGUAAGGAGUUAUGCUUGGACGGCGUUCGAUUAUGGAAUUUCUCGUGAUUUAUAAAAUU